UUAUAUAUGGCUGCAGUUGUGCGGCUGAAUCAUAGGAUUAUAACCUAUAAUGGCUCAGGCAGAGAAUGUAGGCAGUAGUAGCUUCUGCAAUUGGCUUCACCCCUCUCUGACAGGUAUUCUCUUCUCGCUGCUUCUGCCCACAGCAACACUACUCCUGCUUCUCGCGCAUUCUUGUCAUGGAUCCGACGAUGAGCAUUUCUACCUCGACCUCCCAUCCAGAGAAGGUUUUGCAUGCCCCGAAGUAAACAGCUUUGUAAACGAAUUCGAUCCGUUCUACAGAUGGUCUCUGCGUUCUUCCCUUGCCAGUGUCCUCUCCACGACAAGUCGCAUCGACAUUGAGCUCGCCAAUUCCGCCUACCAGCAAGCUAGUGCAUGGAGAGUGAUCAGCAACUGGACGAGUGAUGAGGGAGCCAACAAGCUGUACGCCUCGGCCGAUCCUCACAUUGCAGGUGGUCACAUGAAGCAGCACCGGCGCAACUGGCAAUGGAGAAUGCGAGUGGACUGGGGCAUCAGCAUCCGCAUGUGCCUAUCCACUGGUAAUGACCACAGCAAUCGGUCAUGCCUCUGGACUACUCCCAUCCUUCAGAUGGAAAGAGAAGCGGAUCUCAGCCUGCUCUUUAUUGCUGUACCUUACAGGGCUGCAACUGCACCCAGCAUUGAACCAGAUCUGAACAACAUGCCGCGUAGCACAUCAGGAUUCUACCUUUCCAACUACGCCAGCAAUGCAAGGACGGACUUCACCAAGUACCAGAAGAUCAACACCUCCAGCCACUAUUAUCUCACGAACACUAAGGAUGUACCAAAGUGUCGGUUUGCCCCAUCUUACUACAGCAACGACGCCACAGCAUACCUCGGGUUUCCCAGCCUCCAAUGCGGCUGCUCCAAUUCCUCCACCAGGGUAUGUGUCGUGGUCACCAGGAACAUGGACACCAGCAGCUGGGGAUUGUUCGACUAUCGUUCCUCCUGCGAUUUGCUGACGUCUUACUGGGCUUGGAACACCGGUGGAAACACUUGGCUUGUUCUUACCGUACACAACACCUCAUCUGACAAGCCUCUACCAUUUCUUGCAACCUUUAAGGGGAAUACCUCUUUCGGGUCCUCCCUCACUUGGGUUACAGCGAAUGACUUCCAGGCCAUGGCGAACACAACAGUCUGUGUGGAAGCAUUGAUGCAGCAAACACCGGUGCCAUCCAGUGUGGAGGUUCAGAACAGGUGCAGUACUGAUCAGCUGGUAUUAAGCACUCAAGAUGGUGAGUACUACCUCAACAAGAUGAGACGGUUCCUCUGGGCUCCCACUCCCCCCCAGAACAAGAUCAGUACACCCUGUUUCGGAGAUCUGCCUAUGGGACAGCUCGAGUUCAAGGACAAGCUAUGUGUGACAAAGCUGGACACUACUACCAGCACAGAGAUUAAACUGAUGGUCGAAUCCAUGUUACAGCUCAGAGACGUUAAGUUCAAGCAGAAGAAGCUGUGGAAUGAUGGAUCAAACAACAGACACGAAGUCUAUGGCGGGAUUUUGUCAGCGAUUGUGUCCUUCGUGGGAACAUGUUUCUUGGCAACGAGUAACAAGUUGCAGGAUAUUGAAGAGUCCUUUGAGAAAUUCUGGCAUCAUGGUGGCGCCGUUGGGGACUCCAACACCGACGGCCAGGCUGCUCAGUCAAGCAAGGGAUCAGUUUUUUCAAGCCAGGACCCCAUCUUUUGGUUUAAGUUCCUUUAUAGGACGCUCCUCGUACUCGCUUUUGCAGUUUUACUGUCAUAUACAGCAUAUAGUAGCGUGCAAAGUGUAAAGAAGGACCGGGACAUCUUGCAAGCGCAAACAGUACCUCAGGUCCUCAGUGAUGGUACCGUGGUGUUGCUCACCACCACAGCUACGUACGAGGUGAAACCCUUGUGGGCCAGCUUCUAUGUUAUUUCUGUUCUUACGGCGCUGGCUGUGAUAAUCACACUGGUCGUUACAUGGCGUCAACUUAAAACACUGCCGGCGAAAGAGAGCAGUGAAAUGGAAUGAUUCACUAAUCAUAACCGUCUUUGAAGAUUUUGGUGUCACUAAGUUCUGCCGGCUAAUUGCCCCAAGAUAAAGGAGAAAGCGAUCAAGCCUACUAUGACCAGACGGUCAAUGGAUGUCAACACUGUUCUGGUCUUACGGUGCUGGUUGUGAUAAUUACAGUGGUCAUUGGAGGUAAAAAAGAUCAGAAUAUUACCGUC